AAGCCCUUUCAUGUGUCAAUGGAAUUUUUUUUUUGUUUAACUAUAAGCAGUGUUUAUAACUGUAAAUCAUUAACACAUUUUUGCAGCCUUAUGACUAGAGGAGUAUAGGUUGAAUUGAAGGAAUUCCUAAGGUAUAAAUAAAGAUGGAUUUGUAUCGAUUUAAUAUGAUUUCUUAAAAUUUAUAUAUCAUCAUCAUCACAAAUCUUACAAUAACAAUGUUAACGUAUAUUUUAAAAGCUGAGGCGGUUUUAAAAAACGUCUCAAAUGUACAACCACUUGAUAAUUUAAAUUAUCCCUUUGAUUAUAAAUUUAAAAUUCAAUGUGGAUGUACUAAGAUUCAUGAUAAACCAAUAGAAAUCAAUAGUGAAGGGAGAUUCCAAGUUACUGGGUUUAGAAGAGAAGCUAAUUUUUUAUUCAAAUGUAAAGAAUGUAAUCGAGAAAGAUAUGCUACUAUAAAGAGAUUACCCAAUAAGAUUGAUCAAGAUAAUCAAUGGACAGAUAUAUUAAUGAUAAAUACGUUUGGAAUAAGGUUAUUAGAUUUCAUACCUGAUGAUCAAUUUGAAUGUAUGAGUUUACUUUCAAAUUCCAUCAUACAAGAGAUUGAUUUAAGUGAUGGAGAAUGGUAUGAUUAUGAUCAAUUAGGAAAUGGAGAAAUAAGUAUCAGUGAAGUUAAAUGGAAAGUUGAAUUAGUUAGAUAAGAUAAAAUAAAAUAUAUACUUUAUGCAAUAAUAUAGAAUCAUUAAAAUAUAAUAUAAUGUAACUUAAUUUUAUUCUAUUUAGUGGCUUAAGGAUACUAUGGAUUAAGCCAUUGUUAUCAUUGAAACCAUAAGCCUAUAAGAUUGACCUUAAUUUAAAUCAAUUUUUCAUAAUUUUCAACUAGGGGGACGGUAAAACUUAUUUAGUGACAUCGGCAAAUACGGUUCCACGCAAUACCAAAGACGUAAGCGGUAUUUCUUUUCGGUAAGUUUAGUGAGGUCUUUUUUCCUCUGU